CCAGCCGGUCGUGUCUUUCAACGCACAAACCGUGGACUUCGGAAUACUUCAAAUAAGGCUCACAAACUGAUUUCGGUCUGUGGGGUCGUGUGUUACAGGUCUGUCGGGUUGCUCAUGGUCGACCAUGGAUGAGGAGGACAGCCAGGACGAGCUGAUCGCCAGAAGCUCCUCCCACCGACGGGGCAAACGGCCUGUCUCGUCUAUCAUCUCGGACGAAGAGGAAGACAGCGAUGAGAGCCGGGGUGAUUCCGGGGCAGGAGAGAGUGAAAGUGGGGACGACAACGAUGAUGAUGAUGAUGAUGAAGGAGAAGAGGAAGACGAAGAGAACCUGGACGGAGAGGAUGACGAGGAAGAGGAGGAGGAAGACGAAGAGGAGGAGGAUGACAGCGAUGGGGAGGGGCGCGACGCAGCGAAGGCGGGGCUAGAAGGAGCCGUGGGCGGAGCAACGGGCGGAGUCCCGGCCGACCUGUCCUACCUCAGCUCGGACGAAGACGCGGAAAAGUGCCCCAUCUGCCUCAACUCCUUCCACGAGCAGCCGGUGGCCACGCCCGAGAGCUGCGCGCACUACUUCUGCCUGGACUGCAUCCUGGAGUGGUCCAAGAAUGCAAACUCCUGUCCCGUCGACCGGAUUGUCUUCAACAAAAUCUGCGUGAGGAAAAAUCACGGGGGUAAAGUUCAGAAAGUGAUCACCCUGCAGAAGCCAGCAAAGGCGGGUCAGGUGGUGGAGGAGCCGGAGCUGGACCACACUAACUGUGAGGUGUGCGGUCAGAGUGACCGCGAAGACCGCCUGCUGCUGUGCGACGGCUGCGAUGCGGGGUACCACAUGGAGUGCCUGACCCCUCCGCUGAACGCAGUCCCCGUGGAAGAGUGGUUCUGCCCGCAAUGUUCCCCCAACAGUGGCCGCUCAGGUGCGUCCGCUGCAGUUGGGGCGGGGGACGUGAUCCCCACCACCAGCCGCCGAACGCGGGCGUCUGCGGCGGGGCCGACCCGCGCCAUCGCCCGCACGCAGCAGAGCGAGAGGGUCCGGGCCAACGUCAACCGGAACCGCAUCACACAGGCACGCGCCCCGGCCGAGCAGGCUCCCAGGUUGUCCACCUGGCUGGACGAUGCCAUAAACGCGGUGGUGGCAGGAUUGAGCACCGCCGUGUAUGUGCGCGACCUCACCCCUCGGCCCGGGACCAGCAGGAGACGCCGCACCGUUAGACGGAGGAAGACCAGGAGCAAGGUGUCGCGGAUAAACGAGAAGACGGGCGAAAAGAUGGGGGGAAAGACGAGAGGGAAGGGCGUUAAGCGACGGAGACGGCGGCGCACCAGGAGGACUAAAUCCCGCAGGAAGCUGGUGACGAAGGAGCCCACUGCCCGCUCCCGCAUCGCCAAGAGCCUGGGUUUGGGCAAGCCGUCCCGGAGCACCUCCAUCCCAUCCGUGUACCGCCCCACCGAGCAGAGUCUGGGCAGCAUGCGGGCCGACAUCGGCGCUGCCUCCCUGUCCGUCUACGGGGACCCCUUCGACCUGGACCCCUUCGACGACGAGAACGAACAGUCCUCAGGACCCCCCUCCCCAGUGGCAGUAAAGAGGCAGGGCCUCUCUCGCUCCGCCCUACGCUCCCACCAACCUGUGGCUCGACCAAUCCCGGUUGGCCUCCCCAGGCGGGGCCUUGGUAUCCCUGCGCGGGAGGUGGAUGCAGAGGCUGCUCCUGUCCCAGACCUGCUGGGCAGCAUCAUGUCCGGCCAGAGCAUACUGAUGAUGGACAGCUCGGAUGUGGUCAUCCGCAGAGACGGCACUCUGAAGGCCAUCAAACCUGUUAGUGUACCGUCUCCGAAGGCUGGCAGUUCAAGGGUUUCUGGGAGUGCUUGUUCGCCUGCAGCAGGUACCCAUGCGGGAACGCCUCCAUGGUCCGGAACUAGCCCCUGUGGCGGCAGCGGUGAUACUGGGCCACCCUGCAUCCUCCCAGGCCGGCCCUCCUCAUUGUCCAGCUCGUUCUCACCCCUACCCACUUCCCCUCGACCGGGCUACUCUCCCCCUCUGCACGCCGACACGCCGAGAGAUGCUCAGCCCCGUCCCCGCCCCACCCCGGGUCUGCCCCCCAGAACCGGCUCUCCUGGGAGUCACCUCAGUGGUGCUUUCAGAGGGAGGGAGCCAAUGGCAGUGGCCAUGGCGAUGGAAACGGGCCCAGUAAAAAAGCCCCUGCCCAAACCGGUGUGGGUGGACGUCUCCGCUCUGCCCCGGAUCCCAAAGAUCAGGAGGGAGUCGAGAGACGAGAACAGAGGCAGUAACAAUGGGUUCCCCGAUUCCUGUAUGAACAGCCUGGCAGGCACCAGGGGACGUCAGCAAGCCGUGGAUCAGGGGGCCUCCAGGGAUAACCAGGGGCGAGUGCAGGGCAGUGGGAGAUCAGGGCAGGAAGGAGCAGGCACCUCGUCUGCCCUGUCCCACUCCUCCACCUUCUCCUCCUCCUCCUCCUCCUCCAGCUCCCCCGCCAACGCCAGCGGUUCCACUUCCUCUACCUCUUCCACGGUCAGUUUCCGGAUCAACGCCAGCGCAAACUCCUGGCACGCCCGGCGACUGGCCGCCGCGGGGUCGUUCACCAACCCCCUGGAGCCCGCGAAGGACGACUCCUGGAAGCAGCGGCUAAAGAACAAACGGCUGCUGCUGUCAUCCGCACGCUCGCAGAGCAAGGAGAGCACCAGCGCCACCAACUUCUACGACCCCUUCGACCCGACAGGCUCGGGCUCCGAUGGAUCCGACAGCGGCCCCGAGGUCGAGAACGCAAGCGGCGUGACCCAGGUCUCCAAGCCGGCGAUAAAGAGAGGUCAACCCUCCGGGUCGGAAUCGACAUACGACGGGGAGUGUACUGGCCACCGUAUUAAAGAGGAAACACUGGACGGUGAUGCGAUGGAUAUUGAUGGUGAGCUCAUGGACGUGGAUGACAGCCCAGGUGUGGUGGGAAAGGAGCAGCCAGAAGGGGUGGAGGUGAAAGAGGAGCCAGAAGGCAUCGAGGAGGAGGAGGAGGAGGAGGAGGAACGGCAGCCAGAAGGUCGGGCAGUGAAGGAGGUGGUGAAAGGCUUGGAUGGGAAGGUGCCAGAUGGUGUGGAGGUGGCAGGCAUAGAGGAGGUGGUACCACAAGGUGUGCAGGUGAAGGAGGAGCUUGAACGUGUGCAGAAAACAUCCAAGUCUGACGAGUUGAGCACCCAGCCUACAUCUGAAGUGCGGGCCGAUGCAGCCGCCAAAGGAACAGAGCCCACAAAGCAGAACCUUCUGCCUGCAAAGCGAUCUCGCUUCCAGUCAAGGUCCCGGUCCAGUUCGGCCUCUAGCCACCACAAUAAGAAUGUCAAAUCUGAGCAGAAACAGGCGCCCAAGAACCAUCACUCAAGAUCAAAGUCCCGGUCGAGAUCAAAGUCGCGGUCUUCUGCAGAAAGGAAUCGGCCGUCUGGCGGGAUUAAGCGGUCGAAGGAGCGCAGGUCCUCCUCGUGCAGCCCGGACUCCCAGCGCAGGAAGACAGAGGUGGGAGGCAAGAGCCAGACAAAGCGUACCCGACGUUCACACUCCAAGGAAAGGAGGAGGACGCGAUCCCCAUCGGACAGCUCAAACUCCGAUGCCUCCGAGCGGUCGAGGGGGAACAGGCGAAGGUCGCGGUCUCGAUCGCGGUCAAAAGACAGAAGGCGGUCUCGCUCUACCAGUGAAGAACGGUCGAGGAGGAGGAAACACAGGAACGAUAGUCGUGAGAGAUACUCCCACAGGGAGAACAGAAGGAGUAGAGAGUCGAAGGACAAGAGACGAGGUCGGUCGCGUUCCAGAUCAAGGUCCAGGUCGCGGUCGAGAUCACGGUCCCAAUCCAGAGAGAGGAGGAAGGACUGGAAGUGGUCGCAAUCCACUUCCAGGUCAAAGGACAGAGGUCGGUCGAGGUCAAAGGAUCGGAGACGAGGGAGGUCACGGUCCAGAGAGAAAAGAAGUGAAGCCCGCCCAUCGCAAGGCUCUCACUCGGCGGCGCUCAGGAGCGCUCCGAAAACAAGAUACCCCGCAUCGGAUCCCAGAGACGCCAGGGACUCCAAAGAGGAGAAGAGGGAAAAAAUAGUCAGUCUAUCAAGCUCUAUCAAAGUGGAGAGCAAAUCCAAAAAGGAACCGGCGGUUAAAGCCGAAAGGGCCCCCGCCCUCGGCGCGGUCAGAGAGAACGAGCCUAAAGUAAUUAAAGUGGAAACGGCCGUCCCUCUCAAAGACGGGGGCCUGAGUGAAACCGGAGAGAGAACAUCGGCGUCUCUCAGCUCGGUGAAAGAAGAGAAGCACCCCAUAGAAAGUGACAAAAGGCCCACCUCACCCAGUGUGAGGGCAGAGAGGGAGGUGAAUAAAGAGGACACUGAAAAUGUCAAGCUCUUUUCUCAUAUUGAGAUCAAGGAGCAGAAUGAACCUGAAGAGACUGGUAGCAAAUUGCUCAGACCUCUUGGCCCUGUUAAAGGUGAGAGCACACUUAAGGAUUGCAAGAGCGAACCCACUUCCGUUGGUAUGGAUGAGGAAUGGCCCAUCAUGGCUCAAGAAGACGAGAGAAAAGAUGAGGAGAAGAGGAACCAGGAAAGGGCGAUUACCGAAACUGAGCUGAAGACUGAGGCGGUUAUGGAGAGAGCAAGCGAAACGGUGCUGGUAUUGCCUGAACCAUCUGCGGUGUCAUCCUGCCAGGCGGUUAAAUGGGAGCCAGGCCCUGCUUUGGAGGACGGCCAAGAGGGGGUGCCGGCCCUGAAUAUCCUUGCUUUAGAGUAUGCGGAAGAGACCACCGAGGACAUACUUCCACCCGAAACCGACCUGGUGAAACAGGAAAAGGAGGAGCUUUCCACAGACGAAGACAUCAACGUGGACUACAUCCUAGACUGCCUGGACUUUGUAAAAGGAGGAAAGGCUGAGUCCACCCAGGAAAGGGAUUUGACCUCGGGCGCAGCGGUUCCGGAUGUGCCCCCGGUAGCGGUCAAGCCUGAAGUGGAGCCCGUUCCAGUCACGGCCAGCGCCAAACCCAAACCCGCGGGCAAGAGGGUCACCUGGAACCUUCAGGAUGCAGACCAGUCCCCCGUGGAGAAAACUGGAAAGCUCAACAAGUUGAAGCAGAGUCUGAAAGAGGGAUCUCGAAAAUCCGCCAACUUCAGCCUGACUUCAGAGCAGAAACAGGAAUUUGCCCAGCCAGCUGCGGUGCCACUGGGGGAAACCGCCACCCAUGUGACCAAGAAAGGGCCAAUGGCCGCGGUGCCCUCUGCUGGGCCUUCCGGAUCCCAAGUCCAGACAGGUGUGCAGGACCCCACACCGGGAGGGUCAAAAACCAAGGAGGAAUCCCAGGAAACCACGUACAUGAAGAAGCUGCACAUGCAGGAGCGAGCCAUUGAGGAAGUGAAGCUGGCCAUUAAGCCCUUCUACCAGAAGAGGAGCAUCACCAAAGACGAGUACAAAGACAUCCUGCGCAAAGCCGUGCAGAAGGUGUGCCACAGCAAAAGUGGGGAGAUAAACCCGGUGAAGGUGGCCAAUCUGGUGAAGGCCUACGUGGACAAGUACAAACACACCAGGAAACACAAGAAAGACGACGGCGGGAAGGCCAAGGAGCCGGACACCCCCUGAAGGCCAGCCUCCGGCUGCCAGUCAAGGAGCAUCACCUUCUCCAUUGGCCCAGUGAUCCCCUGAAAAGAUUUCAGCUGUCAAUUUGGGGGAAGACCACCCCGCCUGCCCAUUUGGUCCUGAGGUGCGUCACCCCAUGAAGGCCAGCUUUCAACGGUUCUUUGGGGGGGAAGACACUCUUCUCCACUGGCCCAGUGAUCCCCCCCAAUGGCUGGCUUAUACCUGUCAGACCACCAUCUCCUCAUUUGACCCCUGAAACUCCGCCCACCGAAGACUAGCCUUCAGUUGUCAGUCAUGGGAAGACUGCCUCCUAUCCAGGCAAUGUCUGUUCAUAUCCUCUUUGCUGUUCUUUUACAGUUCAACUUUAAUCUGAGUUUAUGUGCAGGAAGACCUGUAGGACACACAAGGGCUUUGAGAACUCUGCCUUUUUUUUCUUUUUCUUUUUUCUUUCCCUCCCCUUGUUGUAGAUAUUUUAAAGGAAGAUGACAGCACUGUAUUCUUGAAUAUUUAAUUUUGUCUACAGUUGUGGUCUGUGUGGGGUCAGUAAAACACAGUGAACCUA